AUGUCCUUCGGGGGCCAAACCCCGACCAUUAUCGUCCUAAAAGAGGGAACGGACCAGUCACAAGGUCGUGGACAGAUCAUCUCCAAUAUCAACGCAUGCUUGGCCGUGCAAACAACAAUCAAGAGCACACUCGGUCCCUACGGCGGAGACCUCCUCCUGGUCGACGAGAAUGGCAAGACCACCAUCACCAACGACGGCGCCACCGUGAUGAAGCUUUUGGAUAUUGUGCACCCGGCAGCGCGCAUUCUCACAGACAUUGCGCGCUCGCAAGACGCAGAAGUGGGAGAUGGUACAACGUCUGUGGUGGUGCUGGCGGGCGAGGUGUUGAAGGAGGUCAAGGAGCAUGUCGAGCAGGGUGUCAGCAGCCAGACCAUCAUCAAGGGUCUGCGGAGAGCGGGCAUGAUGGCCGUAAACAAGAUCAAGGAGAUUGCGGUCAGCACAAAGGAGGGUAACCAACGGGAAACUCUGAUCAAACUGGCGGCGACGGCCAUGAGCAGCAAGCUCAUUCACCGGAACGCCGACUUCUUCACCAAGAUGGUGGUGGAUUCAGUCCUCUCUCUGGACCAAGACGAUCUCAACGAGAAACUGAUUGGCAUCAAGAAGAUCACUGGAGGUGCCCUACAAGACUCGCUCUUCGUCAAUGGUGUCGCCUUCAAGAAGACCUUCUCGUACGCCGGCUUCGAGCAGCAGCCAAAGUCCUUCUCGAACCCUCAGAUUGUGUGCCUUAACGUCGAGCUUGAGCUCAAGAGCGAAAAGGACAACGCCGAGGUCCGCGUGGAGGAGGUUUCUGAAUACCAGGCCAUUGUUGAUGCGGAAUGGCGCAUCAUUUACGACAAGAUGGAGGCACUCUACAAGACGGGCGCCAAGGUUGUCCUCUCGAAGCUUCCCAUUGGUGAUCUCGCUACACAGUACUUCGCAGAUCGCGACGUCUUCUGCGCAGGUCGCGUUGCCGCUGAUGAUCUCGAGCGUGUGUGCCAGGCAACCGGCGCAACCAUCCAAUCCACCUGUUCCGACAUCAACCCCGAGCGCGACUUGGGCUCGUGUGCAAAGUUCGAGGAGCGCCAGAUUGGUGGUGAGCGCUUCAACUUCUUCGAGGGUUGCCCUGGCGCAAAGACAUGCACACUGGUCCUCCGCGGUGGUGCCGAGCAGUUCAUCGCCGAGGUGGAGCGCAGUCUGCACGACGCCAUCAUGAUUGUCAAGCGUGCCAUCAAGAACCAGACCAUCGUCGCUGGUGGUGGCGCCUGCGAGAUGGAGAUCUCCGCUUACCUGCAUAGUUUCGCUGACAAGAAUGUCCCGCACAAACAGCAAGCUAUCAUCAAGUCCUUCGCCAAAGCUCUGGAGGUCAUUCCACGCCAGCUUUGCGACAAUGCUGGAUUUGAUGCGACGGACAUUCUGAACCGACUGCGAGUGGAGCACCGCAAGGGAAAUGUGUGGGCCGGUGUGGACUUUGAACAUGAGGGAAUCAGAGACAACUUGGAGGCGUUCGUGUGGGAACCCAGUCUCGUCAAGACCAACGCGAUCAUGGCGGCCGUUGAGGCGAGUUGCCUUAUCUUGAGCGUCGAUGAGACCAUCAAGAAUCAGGAGAGCCAGCAGCCACAGGGUCCGUCACGAGGACUACCACCGGGUGCUGCGCAGAGAGCUAUGAGGGGCAGAGGAAGAGGAAUGCCGAGGCGGUAA